UGCUGCGCGGGCUAUUUGUACGUAAUGGCGGGUGUUUGGUCGCGGGGCAGUUGCGAAGGUUGCUCCUCUACCAGCUGUGCGUGUGGCAACAAGGGCACAUGGAACGAACCCUCGCCGUUAAGCCAGCGACUAUUGGAAGACUCAAGCCGCCACCAGCUGCUGCAGAAGUGGACGAGCAUGUGGAACUCCGUGAGCGGGGACAUGUCUGUGGCCUGCGCGGAAAAGACGCGGCGCACGGAGGCUGCGGAGCCCGCCGAGGAGGAAGACAGGCCACUGGUGUUUCUGUGCUCCGGCUGCCGGCGGCCGCUGGGCGACUCGUUGAGCUGGGUGACCUGCCAGGAGGACACCAACUGCAUCCUGCUGCGCUGUGUUUCCUGUAAUGUGUCUGUGGAUAAGGAACAGGUACUAUCCAAACGUGAAAAUGAAAAUGGUUGCAUUCUGGAGAGUUUGUACUGCACAGGGUGCUCACUCAAUCUUGGCUACAUAUACAGAUGCACACCCAGUAAUCUAGAUUAUAAGAGGGACUUGUUUUGCCUCAGCGUUGAAGCUAUUGAAAGUUAUGUUUUAGGGUCCUCUGAAAAGCAGAUCGUGUCAGAAGAUAAAGAGGUUUUUAAUCUUGAAAGCAGAAUUGAAAUAGAAAAUUCCCUAAAGCAGAUGGAAGAUGUUUUGAAAGCAUUACAAACUAAGCUGUGGGAGGUUGAGUCAAAAUUGUCCUUUACCAGAUGCAAAAGCUGAAAUCUGUUCCAAGUCUCCUAUUCUGGACUCCUCUACCAUUGGAUAAUUUUUUUGUAUGUAGCAAUUCUUGUUAUAACUUAUUUCACUUAGACUUGAGAGAAUUCUAUAUGGCUGUGUACAUUGUAUUCUUUUCUGUUGAUCUAGUGAGAAGAAUUGUAGAAUUAACUUUUUUAAGCUAUAUUUGAUGGUAAAGAGAUGAUAGUUCUCCAAAUUUGAAUUUUAAAGUCAUUUUAUACUUGCUGGAAAUAGAACUUAGGAGUUUUUAUUUUGAUGAGAAACUGCCAUAAUUUUCUGAACUGUUUUCUCCUUUGUAUCAAAUUCAUUAUCCUUCAUUUCCUAUUUUUUUUAACUAUUUCACCUUUAAUACUUUGCGUAAUAUUUAAUAUUGAAUGGUAAGAAAAUCUUAGCGGUUUUUCUAUUCACUGUGUGAUUGAAUCCUCCCUGAAAACGAAUACAUACAGCUCUCUGGCGAAACUGGUCAAUUGAAUUAUUUGUCAGAAAUAUUUGAAAAUUUGCACAAGAGCAGAAAAGCAUGUAUUCUAAUAGUAGAAUUCCAAUUGAUCCUGUUUAUUUACUACUAUGUGCUCCCAAAAUCUGGAAGAACAUUUACCAAAGAGAGUUAUAGUCAUCUCUGAGGGUGGGAUUCUGAGGAAAUUUUCAGUUUUCCAGUUUUCUAUAAUGGAAGACUUACAGUAAGCCCGUGGUAUUUAUAUAAUUGGGAAGAGAAUAAAGAUGAAAACAAAGUGCUUUAUGAUUGAAUUUUACAACACUGACUUGCAGGCAUUUCACUGAGCUCAUAAAACUUGGUGCCAUGAAUUCCACAUUUACUGGACAUGGUACUCACUGUACUAGGUCUGCCCAGGAAUAUAAAGGUAAGCCCAUGAUGUCCAGGCCCUUUUCUGUUUUGGGGUACAGAUGAGGCCACCUAACAGUAUUCAUUUGUGUGAGUAACAGCUCAGUUUCUGCUCAGAAGUUCCCUCAUUAUUUCUGAGAUUACUUAAAGUGAUCACAACAAAAAGUGCUAUCACAUUGACUUGAUCAUUCGAAAUAUUAAACUCUUAUUGAUGGGUCGUCAACAGCCUCCGGUAAUUUGCAGGUGGUGAACCCUGUAGGUCUCUUCUCUCACAAAGCUGGUACCAGCUAGAAUAUGGUGAAAGCAAUACUAGCUUUCACCAUAAAGUGAAAGCAAUACCAGCACCUGCUGGCAGCAAGACAGUUAUCCUGCCUCAGUGAGUUUGGCCAAGUCCCCAGUGUCGUCUUAGUUGCUUCAGUGGCACCUUGCGUGAAAGUUCAUUUGGAACAGAUGGGAGAGUUGUUAACAGCAGGAUUCAGCGAACUGUCUGGUUGUGCAGGCAGCAGAACACUCCCAGCGGGACCAUUCCUGAGAGGUGGGCAGUUUGGUUCCCUAAUUCCCCUUACCGCAUUCAUCCUGGGGCAGGAUUUCUAGCCCAUCCACACAUCUGGAAAACUGCUUACUUCCCCAGUGAAAAGUAUUUCUCAUUCCGCGGUGCUAACUCAGGCUGGACUGUGGGUCAAGAGAGAAACGGUUCAGGUGCUGCCUCCGGUGGGGCCGUUGCUGAGCCUUCCCACGCAAACUCGGUUUCCGGAGUUGACUGACUACCCCUGUGGUGCAGAUAGAAAGCUCACACACAUUUGUAUCCCACUGAAAUGUCUAAAAGUGAAGCCCAGGAAACAAGCGUGUCUCCUAAGGCAGUGUGCGUCUUGGGCCUCUGCCUGUGAAGUCACUGAAGGGGUGGCCUUGUCGUCACUGUGGGACAUCCCUGAGGCUCCCACACUGCCCAUCCCGAGGGGUCCAGGUGGGACUGCUGUGUCCUUCUAGGCGCUGUACUGACACGUGUAGGACACAGGCCUUUUCCACAUUUCCGGCCAACCUCUCCUGGGGCCACCAUUUCCCCUGAGGCCUAGUGGCCUGGCUUUUCCAGUUGGCAUGAGGUCUCGUCAGAAUGCUGCUUUUUCUAACUUGCGUUGUAUAUGCACAUAUUAAAACCUAUGACUUGAGGAAUGAGCUCUUGUUUCUUCUGUUCCUUAAAAGUGAAUAAUGCAAAGUGUUUCUGGUUACUAAGCCUUGGUAAAACACUGCCGGUGAGUAGGAAUGAGGGACCUGAAGCAAGAAACAGAUGUCCCAGCCCCAGUUGUACAGGGCCCUACAAAGAGGCUUCAGACAGGAUCUUCCAGAAACUGUUCCUUCAGCCAUCCCUGUAAAGGGAACUCCCUAGUUCUUUAGGGAGAAGCUGUGGAGGCUGAUACCAGAACCCAUUGCGUGGCCUUUACAGAUUGUUGUAAAUACAUGUAUGUAGAGCAUUGUACAUGGUUUUCGUCCCAGAGCGUGGGUUCUGUUCUCGGUAGAUUCUCCGGUCAUGUUCAUCCAUUGCCAAGCGCAAGGGCCUGCUCUGGGCAUUGUUCUGUACAGCAUCUGUGCCUGCAUGGAGUGUGCCCCACCUGGAUGAUUCUAGUCAUGCUUGGGGCAUUUACGAUGGGCAAAACCAGGAGGGUGCUUCCUUGCAGAAUUGGGUCUAGUGUUCAGUAGGAACUUCUUGAAAGGAGACAUGAGCAGAGCUUCCCUCACCAUGUUUUUCAGGGAAGAUCUUAAGGGUAGCAGAAAUCCUGGGUCAGAGUCCUAGUUUAGCUACUUUAUUAGCCAUGUGACCUUGAACAAAUCAUUUAAUCAUUUUGAGCCUCUGUUUCCUCAUCUGUAAAAUGAGAAUAUAAUCUACUUUCCUUACAUCACGGAUAAGUUAGAUAAUGCUUACCAGGUCUGACAAUUAAGUUCGUGAACUUGUUGCAACGAUAUUGCUAACCUUUUUUGAUAUCAGAGAGAUUAUUCAU